CGAUCCCCCGUGUAAGAGUGAGGUGGAGGAGGACAUUCCAGGAGAUGUCGCCACAGAAAUUCCCAGUAAAAAUUUGGAGGGAAACUUUAUGAUAACAUUAAAUUAUAAAGCAGAAGAUGAAGAUGUCCUGCAGUGCUCUUCACGAGAAAACCUCAUUACCCUUAAUGUGAAUCCAGGUCAUCACAAUACAGAUCUGUCAUUUAAUCCUCCUAAUUAUGAGGAACCUUCUCCUGACCAAUUACAGAUUGUUACCACAAGUACCGGGCAGAAAGGGGGUAAAAAAUGUAUGGAGUUCACAAAGGGCUUAGGUUUUUCUGCACACAGUAGAUUUCACAUGGAGAAAACAAGUCUUAAACAUGAGACAAGUCAUAAAGCAGAGAAGCCAUACUUUUGCUCAGAAUGUGGGAAAUGGUUUACAGAGAAAUCAAAACUUGUUAGACACGAGAGAAUUCACACAGGAGAGAAACCAUACUUCUGCUCAGAAUGUGGAAAAUGUUUUACACAGAAAUCAAUUCUUAUUACACACGAGAGAUUUCACACAGGAGUGAAGCCAUAUUCAUGUUUAGAAUGUGGAAAAUGCUUUGCAAUGAAAUCACAUCUUGUUAUACAUGAAAGAUGUCACACAGGAGAGAACCCGUAUUCAUGUUCAGAAUGUGGGAAAUGUUUUAAACAUAAAUUAAGUCUUGUCAGACAUGAGAGAAUUCACACAGGAGAGAAACCAUAUUCAUGUUCAGAAUGUGGGAAAUGUUUUACACAAAAUUCAGAUCUUGUUUCUCAUAAGAGACGUCACAAAGGAGAAAAGCUAUAUUCAUGCUCAGAAUGUGCAAAAUGUUUUACAGAUAAAUCAAGUCUAGUUAGACAUCUGAAAAUUCACACAGGGGAAAAGCCAUAUUCAUGUUCAGAAUGUGGGAAAAGUUUUACACAAAAUUCAUAUCUUGUUAGACAUAAGAAAAUUCACACAGGAGAGAAGCCGUAUUCAUGUUCAGAAUGUGGGAAAUGUUUUAAACAAAAUUCUAAUCUUGUUGCACAUGAGAGAAUUCACACAGGAGAGAAGCUGUAUUCAUGUUCACAAUGUGGGAAAUGUUUUGCAGAUAAAUCAGAUCUUGUUGCACAUGAGAUACGUCACACGGGAGAGAAGCUGUAUUCAUGUACAGAAUGCAGGAAAUGUUUUACGUGGAAAUCAGAACUUGUUAGACAUGAGAGAAUCCACACAGGAGAGAAACCACAUUCAUGUUUAGAAUGUGGGAAAUGUUUUACUUAUAAAUCAAGUCUUGUUAAACAUGAGAGAAUUCACACAGGAGAGAAGCCAUAUUCAUGUUCAGAAUGUGGGAAAUGUUUUACAGAUAAAUCAAAUCUUGUUAGACAUAAGAGAAGUCACACAGGAGAGAAGCGGUUUUGAUGUUUUAUAUGUGGAAAAUGGUUUGUAAGGAAACUAAUUUUAAAAUUAAUUAGACCAGAAGAAAAUAUAUUUGUUUUUUGAAAUAUGGGAAAUUUUAAGAGACAGAAAUAAUUUUAAACCCAUGUUAUUAACAAGCAAGAAAGAGUAUCAUAUCAUUAGUAAACAAUGCUAUUUUAGAUUUAAUGGACCUUAUUUUAAUUCCCUGAUAAAGGGAUGUGUCCUCUGGAUAAUGAAGGCUAUAUUGCAUAUAAGGGUGAUCAGUAGUGUCACACUAGCAACAUGACAGGUGACGAGGAGCACUCUAGCAAUCAAUGCACCCAUGAUUUUGGAUGUGACUGUAAAGGGGAAACUCUUCUUCCACCCUCGCUUCCACACUUGCCUAACGCAUUAGGCUACCAAAGAGUGACGAAAAACCCAAACACAUCCACACAUGGUGCUGCCACCAUCCGUCAGUACUAUUGAAACACCACGGUUACAGACGCACAACACUCACGGGAACACACUGCUUUCUAGCAUUUGACACACAAACCUCUUGCUCACUGGCCUUCAAUGGUAACACACCAAAAUGGUACUUUAAGGGUGUGAGUAUGUUUAGAGCACCAACAAACAACUUAUUACA